AGGAGGAGGAGGGAGGAGGAGGAGAAGGGGAAGAGGAGGGCUCGCUUAUCAGCCGCGCAAGGUGCUGCAGCGGCUGGAGCCGAAGACGGAGAGCGGGCGCAAGAAAAGCGGCGAGGCGAAACAUCCUAGUCGAAGCGCUCCAGAUCAAGUUGUACCCUUUGAUCACACAAGAAAUGCUUCUUUGCCGUUACCUGCAGCCUUCCCCAGAGAGAACAGCAGAGGAGAAAUAAUUAAAGCAUGAAGAAAAUCAAGCAUCUCAAAACAAGCCCUCCUAGGCUCGGAGAGGACCAGGUGUUCUCCAUCCACACGUGCUCUCACAGUGGAGAUAUGCCUGCUCGUUGAUGUGAGCACCCAGAUAGCACAGCCCUGCUGUCUGUGGCUAGGACUCCUGAACAGCAUCUGAGCAGUCCGACAACUCCUUCCUCCUCUUGCCCUCUUCCUUCAAAAAGCAUCAGCCUGUUAGAUUGUCCGCGUCAAUUUGCUAUGACAUACAUCAGCGUUGAUGAGAGGCAGGAACACUGUCGGGUAAUUUUGAGCUGCCAGAAUAAUCAGCUGUACGCACAACAUGGCUUAAAGGAUUUCUCAGUUAGCAGCAUGCAUCCUCUGAAGAACUUGGACGCUCGCAUUUUUACUGGGGACUUUAAUCCUGUGAGCAAAGCAGACAGCACUGCAGGGGCACAUCUGUAUCGAAGUGUGGAGAAUCUACAUUGGGCCACGGGUGCUGAUCCGCAUUGCCAUCCCCGCUACGGAAAUGUAGACAAAGAAUUUGUUGUCCGUUACAAAGGCACAGCUCAUUGGUCAAAGUGUUCUGCAGAAGGUACUCCAUCCCCCAGCUCACCUGAAUGUUGCCGACACUUCCCUCUCGCAUUGGACAGAAUUCCACCUGCAGCGCGAGACGUCACCCUUCCUCCUUGUGCCAAAGUGCCUCCGUGGCUUUUCUCCUCCGUCGACGGGGAUGCCAAAAAAACCCUAAAGGAAAAACUUCGAAUUCACAGUAGUAAAGCUGCAGAGAUCUGCAAGCCUCUCAGACCUCAGGUUUCCUUGAAUGACCUGGUUCCAAGGGAAUGCUCUGAAUGCCGGGCAUGCCAGCAAUAUAAGAACGGUUGUUCGGUGAACUGUUGCACCAUAUUUGUGCAGCAUGCCACCCUCACUCACGGGCCAUGGACAGCUCUGGGGAGUCAUCGGCCUUGCUUUUCUCGCCGACUAACAAACCCAGAAGACAUCAAGCAAGAAGCUCGGAGAAGGUUGCAGAUCAGGAGACAGAACAGCUCGCCCAACUUGACUCUCCAUUGUGCCAGUGAUGGCCAGGACAUGGUCAAGUCCCAAACGACUGGAUCCUUAAAGGGAUAUGAGGGGGAAGGAGACACCAAAAGGAUUUUGGAGCUGAGCAAAAAAGGGGACUUCAAAGAGAGACUCUACAUUCCAACUUUUGAAGAGUUCAAGCGGAUGAGAAUCAAGGAGACAUGUUUUCUUGGUGGCAGCGGUGACGUGACAAAAGAUGUGAAGGAAGGAACCCAAAAGUUGGAAGAAAAAAGAAAUCAGAACCCUUGUUCAGGUGCCCAGCAAAUUCUUGCCAAAGAAACGGUUGCAACGAUAGAUUAUUAUGAUGAUGUGUUUCAUGAAAAUACCCAGAGCACUUCUGGCCUUGUUGGCUAUCAAGAUAAUUCAUCUACAUGGGACAGGAGCUUCUGCCUGAUGAACAUGCCUAUGGCUAGGGACAAGCGCUAUGAAGUGCCAACUUCAGAUAGAAUCCCAGUCCCCAUUUGUUCAAGUCCAAUUCCAAGACCACCUCUACAGUCUGCUGCAGUCCUUAGGGAGGAGGGAGGGAAAACUUUUGCUGAAGGGGAGACUCAGGGAUUGAAUGCAAGACAACUAAGCGAAGUCCUCCACCAUGCUGGACAGCCAGUGGUGCCUGAAAACCAGUCUUCUUGCUGCCCAUUGCUAUUAGAAGCAACAGAUAUAUCCAGCUAUGGAGCUAAACUGCAGAAAAUGAAGGAUGAAUUUAUAGGCUCUGCACUGGACCUCAUUAAGAAGAGCUGCAGUGGCGAAGCUACCCCUGAGCCCCCCUCCAAAGGAUUCUGUGAACUUAAGAAGGAUGACCUCACUUUUGUGGAGGACUCGCAUCAACCCACCAGCUCCAGCCCCAACUGCCGCCGAUCAAGUUCUGACAUCUCCUACGAAACUUCAGACUGCACCAAAGCUCAACGGGAGUGUCGGCUGCGGCCUCAUUUCAGUGAUCCGAUGCCAACAGAUGCUGUGAAGAGGAAACAACUGGAGCUGAAGAUUGCUGCAGCAGCACGGCAGCAUGCCCAGAAGCGCCGGCAAGAGAGAGACUCCAGCCCAGUGCUGACGAAAGCCAACCUCAACUACAGCAGCAACGUUGAUGAGAACCACGGCAUUCUGGGCGGCUCCUUUCGUUCCAAACACCGCUGGAGCAACGUCAGCAGUCUCAGCGCCGACAGCGGCAUUGUGGGCGGGAGUGACGAGAGGGACAGUGCCGAUGCCAGCAGUGGAGGGGUGCCAAUGAUGAGGUCGGCUGAUAUGGAGCGGGCGGACAGCGGCAUCAGCCAGGUGCUGAGUAGGAAGUGGAGGAGCAAGGCGUCGGAGACGCUGGCAUCUCUGCAGGCGUGGGAGGCCCACCAGCCUUGCACCGACUGUGGGGGGAGACACUUCCCGCUGGAGACGGAUGUCCAGAACCAGAACAAGAGGCGGGCCGUCCUCUGCGAGAAGUGCCUGAAGUGCCGGACGGAGCGGAAGGAGUCGGUGCUGGAGUUUGUCAACACUGAAACCAGCUACGGGGAGGACCUGCGCAUCAUCAAGGAAGAGUUCUACCUCCCCAUGCAAGCUGCUGGCCUGCUAACACAGGACCAGCUGCUGGUGGUUUUCGGCAACAUACAGGAGCUCAUUGACCUCAACGAAAACUUCCUGGAGUACCUUCAGGAAGAGAUUGAGCAGGCCUUUGAGCAGGGCGAUGAUGACCUCAUGACUGUGUGCAUCGGUGAAAUAUUCCUGGAAUUUGUCAAUAUGCUGCCUGCCUUCCAAACGUACUGCCUCCAGCAGUCAUCUUCAGUGAACAUGCUCAAUGCACUGGAAAAAGAGAAGGAGUUACUCAGGAUUUUCCUCAAUGUUUCCCAGAACGACAACACAGCUCUUCGCCGCAUGAAUCUGCGGUCAUUCCUCAUGGCUCCACUGCAGAGAGUCACCAAGUACCCACUUCUGCUGAGCCGCAUCAUCAAAGCCACCACUGAGUACCACCCAGAUCACAGCAGCCUGAGGGAGGCCAAAAGCCGCAUUGAGUCCCACCUGGAGCACAUAAACAUGAAGACCAAGCAGGAAGGAAACUCGUGGACUUUGCGUUCCUUCCGCCAGGACAGCAAGAAGAACAGGGAGGUCAUUAACAUUGAAAUGAGGGAAACCGCUAUCAAGACUGUGGGCUGGCUGCGGGAAGAGACCCGCUUUGUGAUGGAAGGGCCCUUGCAGCUGGCCCAGCCUCCUGAUGGACAGUGGGUCAAAAAGGGCAGCAAGACCUUAAAAUUCCAGAACAUGCAAGUGCUCCUCAUGGUCAACAUCAGACGCGCCUCUGAGUCUAGCUUUGAACCCGGAGAGCCAGGGCCUGUGAAAGAUGCAGUAUUGGUACUGAUUAGGGACAAAAACAAUGGGAAGUUCAGCUUGCUCAGGGAGCCCUUGAGACUCAGCAACUGUGUGGUCUCUGUGGAUCCCGACUGCGAUGACACGUUUGAACUCCUUGAGAUCAGGCGGGAGUCUUUUGUGUUCCGAGAUGGAGACAAGGCACGGACUCACCACUGGUUCAGGCAGAUACGGAGGUACUCUCGGGAGCUGGGCUCCUGGAAGAAGCGGCGCAAUGCCUUGCCCAACAUCAUGAUAAGCGCAUCACACAAUAGGUCAUGAAAGGAUCACUGACUGCGAAAUGACUUAGCUAAGUAAGCUCAGAAAUUUCCUCACGACCUGCUUUGGGUUGAAGAUCUCCUUUUCAACAAAAAUUGCACCAAGGAUGAACUUCACCUGGCCAAUUAGCAUUGGAGCUAUCCGUAACGAUGUCGUUUUCUACUGAGAAUUCAUUUGUGACGAGUACCACUUAAAUAAGUGUUUCUCAAAUUGAAGGAAAAAAUGUGCGUUUUUAAGCUUGUUAGAUCUUCCAUACAACCCAACUUAGAAACCUCAUUGGGUGUAGCUACCUGGCUCCUACAACCUUUAUGUCU